GAGGGUGGGGGUAAGGGGGCCGCUCUAGCUUGCGGCCUGUGUCUAUGGUCAGGCCCGUAGCGUCCAGCCGCCCGGGACAGAGCUCGAGUGUAUGGCGCCGCAGGAUCUGGCUCCGGGGCCCCGAUAACGGGCCGCCCCCGCAGCUCCCGGCACGGAGUGAGGGUCUCCUCUGAUCUGAGAAUGGCUACUCCUCGAUAUGAGCCAGUGGCUGAGAUUGGUGUUGGUGCCUAUGGAACGGUAUACCAGGCCCGUGAUCCCCACAGUGGCCACUUCGUGGCCCUCAAGAGUGUGAGAGUCCCUGAUGGAGGAGGUGCUGGAGGGGGCCUUCCCAUCAGCACAGUUCGUGAGGUGGCCUUACUGAGGCGGCUGGAGGCUUUUGAGCAUCCCAACGUUGUCCGGCUGAUGGACGUCUGUGCCACCGCCCGAACUGACCGGGAGACCAAAGUGACCCUGGUGUUUGAGCACAUGGACCAAGACCUGAGGACCUAUCUGGACAAGGCACCCCCACCAGGUUUGCCAGUGGAGACCAGCAAGGAUCUGAUGCGCCAGUUUCUAAGAGGCCUAGAUUUCCUUCAUGCCAACUGCAUCGUUCACUGAGACCUGAAGCCAGAGAACAUUCUGGUGACCAGUGGCGGGACAGUCAAGCUGGCCGACUUUGGUCUGGCCAGAAUCUACAGCUACCAGAUGGCACUUACACCUGUGGUUGUUACACUCUGGUACCGUACUCCAGAAGUUCUUCUGCAGUCUACAUAUGCAACACCCGUGGACAUGUGGAGCGUUGCCUGUAUCUUCGUAGAGAUGUUUCGUCGCAAGCCUCUCUUCUGUGGGAACGCUGAAGCUGACCAGUUAGGCAAAAUCUUUGACCUGAUGGGGCUGCCCCCAGAGGAUGACUGGCCACGAGAUGUGUCUCUCCCCCGAGGAGCCUUUUCCCCCCGAGGGCCCCGUCCAGUGCAGUCAGUGGUACCUGAGAU